GCGGGGCCUGGCCCUAAUAAGGCUGGCGUCCCGGCGGUGGGGUCUGCGCCUCGCCUCUCCUCGCCUCGGCCAUGUGGCUCCGCUUCGCCCCCCUGCGCCUGCCGCUCCGACGGCGCCUGCAGACGGCCGCCGUGCUCCAGUGGGUCUUCUCCUUCCUGGCUCUGGCUCAGUGCUGCCUGGGCCUCUUCGUGCUGCUGCUGCUGGGCGAGGGCUGGGCGCUGGCCGUCCUUUACGCCGCCUGGCUCUACCUGGACUGGGAGACGCCCGCCCGCGGGGGGCGCCGCUCGGCCUGGGUGCGCCGCUGGGCCGUUUGGCGCCACUUCCGCGACUACUUCCCCAUCACGCUGGUGAAGGUGGCGGACCUGGAUCCUGCGCGCAACUACCUCUUCGGCUUCCACCCCCACGGCGUGCUGGUGGCGGGGGCCUUCGGCAACUUCUGCACAGAGGCGACGGGCUUCCAGGAGCUCUUCCCUGGCCUCACCCCCCACUUGCUGAUGCUGCCCUUCUGGUUCAAAGUGCCCUUCUUCCGAGACUACAUCAUGAGCGGGGGGCUGGUGUCCUCUGAGAAGGCCAGCGCCUCCUACCUGCUCAGCAAAGAAGGCGGGGGGCAGGUGGCGGUGGUAGCGGUUGGGGGGCCACCGGAGUCUCUGGACGCCCGCCCUGGGGCUUUCACCCUCCAAAUCCUGGGCCGCAAGGGCUUCAUCAAGAUGGCGCUGCAGCAUGGAGCCGCCCUGGUCCCCGUCUUCUCCUUUGGGGAGAACGAGCUCUUCAAUCAGAUUCCCAACCCAGAGGGCUCCUUCCUCCGCACUGCGCAGGAGCGGCUGCAGAAGGCCAUGGGGCUGGCGCUGCCCCUCUUCCACGCCCGAGGGGUGUUCCAGUACAGCUUCGGCCUUCUGCCUUUCCGGAGGCCCAUCCAUACUGUGGUGGGGGCCCCAAUCCUUGUGCCCAAGACUCCCAGCCCGUCUCCGGAAGCCAUUGACCAGCUGCACAAGACCUACCUGGAGAAACUCGUCCAGCUGUUUGAAGACAACAAGGUCAAGUUUGGAGUGCCUGAAAACAAACAUCUCAACCUGAUCUAGAAGAGGGCUUUGAGCGGGGAGGGGGGGGGCCUUGGCCUCGGCCCCUUCCUGGACUGAACUCUUUGGCCUUGUGGGGAGCAAUCGCUGCCGUCACUGGAUGAAAGGAGACCUUCUCAGAAGUAGAGGGUCCUCUGCAGGGGGCACAGGGCGUGGGCAGAGGACAUCCCAGAAAUGGCAUCCAGGCACCUGUGUGUAUGGGAGCGGGAGGGGGUGGGCACGGUCGUGGGGGUGGGACUUUCAGAGCAUGACACCCCUCCCCCUUUUGGUUGUUUGCUUUCCAGUGAAAUAAAGUGGGAACAGAGGUGGUUGUGCCAUUCUCUGGUCUCAGCUCCUGCAG